GGUCAACGCACAGCUAAAGCUAUUGCGGAGGCGGCACUGGCCGAAGCCAAAAAGAAGGUACAAGAAGUGCUGGGCGGGGGCGGCGGCAGCAGUAACAGCGGCAGUGGCAGCGGUGCUGAUGCUGUCAUUGAACUGACUGAUGACAAUUUCGACAAACUGGUUUUGAAUUCAGAUGAUAUUUGGUUGGUUGAAUUCUUUGCACCAUGGUGUGGUCAUUGCAAGAACUUGGCACCUGAAUGGGCUAAAGCCGCCAGGGAACUUAAGGGGAAAGUGAAGUUGGGUGCAUUGGAUGCUACAGUGCAUCAGAGCAAAGCAUCGGAAUAUGGCAUUCGCGGUUAUCCCACCAUUAAAUUCAUUCCUGCCGGCUCUAAGAGUAGUAGUGAUGCUACGGAAUAUGAUGGUGGCCGCACUGCAUCUGACAUUGUUAGCUGGGCGCUUGAUAAACACACUGACAGCGUACCCGCACCCGAGUUGUUGGAGAUUGUAGAUGAAGACACGUUCGACAAAGCAUGCGAAGGAAAACCGCUCUGCGUUGUCUCAGUACUGCCACAUAUACUUGAUUGUGAUGCUAAGUGCCGCAAUAAAUUCCUAGUCACACUCCGCGAAUUGGGCGAAAAGUACAAACAGAAGUUGUGGGGUUGGGGCUGGGCUGAGGGUGGCGCUCAGAGUAACCUAGAAGAAUCUUUGGAAAUUGGUGGUUUCGGUUAUCCAGCAAUGGCUGUGGUUAAUUUCAAGAAAAUGAAAUUCUCCGUACUCAAGGGCUCUUUCUCGAAGGAUGGCAUUAACGAAUUCUUACGCGACAUUUCCUAUGGACGCGGACAUACUGCACCCGUACGUGGUGCCAAGAAACCAGCUAUUAACACUGUGAAGCCCUGGGAUGGUAAGGAUGGUCAACCGCCAGCUGAGGAGGAAAUUGACUUGUCGGAUGUCGAUUUAGAUGAUGUUAAGGACGAACUUUAAAAUAAUUAAGCCAUAAAACCAAAUAUAGCAUUAUGGUAAUGUACACAAAGACUAUGAGCAUUAUAUGAGUGGUAUCGAGAAAAAAAUGGCAGGCGGAACCAAAAAUGAAACCACCAAAAUCAACAAACUUCAGUUCAUGUUAAAAACCUUCUCUUCUAUAUUAAAUAUUUACUUAAUUUUAUAUUUGUAUGUGACAGUGUUUUGAGUUGUCACAUAUGAAUGGGUCCCUAUAAAUAUGCCAUUGCAUUUACCUACAUAUAUUACGCGUAUAGAAAUAGCCUGUACAAAUGUAACAUGUGAUUAUAGUACGCGCCUGUUACAUGUCACCUAGCAUUCUUUACAACGUAACCUUAAAUCAGGUUCCACACGAUUUUAAAU